CUGACCUUUCCCCUACUUCCUCUCUCCGCGUCUGCACGCUGAUCUCAAUAUAAACGCUCAUGCCCGAAUAACACCUCCUCCCUCCGCCGCCGUGCCGCACUGCCGAAAGACAGCUUGCUUCUCACUGCUACACGCCACACCACAGGUGCCUCACAUUCAGGAUGCUAUCCAGUCUAGCUCGCUGUGCCUCUAGAGGGGCUCUCCAAGUGUUGAAAGGGGCCAGUCGUACAUCCAGGCCAAUCACAGUGCCUUGCUUUGGCCAUCAGACACUGGCAGCAGCCCUGCCUGCUGUAGGGGGGAGUCCUGGGGUUAGGCAGGCUAGGGCACUGGACAAUGAGAGACUGCUGCAGGUGGAGUGGGAUGAUGGCACUUGUAGUUUCUAUCCAUUCACCUGGCUUAGGGAUAACUGCCAGUGCCCUCUGUGCACCCUGCAGUCAGCACAGGCUCGGAGUCUUCUGCUUACUGACCUCGAUGUGCACACUGGAAUGGAUCAAGUGCAGGUCACUGAGAACAACAAGGUCUCCAUCACAUGGCCGGAUCAACACAGCAGUGAGUUUGAGCCUGACUGGUUGAAGAAAAGGUGUUUCUCACCCGAGGCACGACAGGCGAGACAAGAAGAGCUCUUCCUCAACGAGCGGGAUUUCUGGGACUCGGGGCUGCAGAUUCCCACACUGGACUUUGAAGAGGUCCUCCAUGAUGAUAAAGCUGCUCUGGACUGGCUUAUGACCCUAAGGCGCCUUGGCAUUGUCUACCUGAAGGGGGCGCCAGUGGAGCAGGGUCAGGUGGCCCGACUCAGUCGGAGGAUUGGGUACCUCAGACUCACUUUCUAUGGACACACAUGGCAAGUGCAGGACAAGCCCAUGGCCAACAACGUAGCGUACACAUCAGGCAAACUGAGCCUGCACACAGACUACCCUGCCUUGCACCAUCCUCCUGGGGUGCAGUUCCUGCACUGUCUGCAGCAGGCCCAGCAGGGUGGCGAGAGCGAGGUGGUGGACGGCUUUCACAUGGCUGAGCUGCUGAGGAGAGAGCACCCAGAUGCUUUCAACACGCUUACUUCCCUCCACGUGGACUUCACGGACACUGGCUCUGACUACUGCGACUUCAGUGUGCAGUCCAAGAACCGCAUCAUAGAUGUCGACAACGAGGGCCGAGUGGUGAGAAUAAACUAUAAUAAUGCUACGCGAGACUCUGUCCUGGACCUGCCACUGGACCAGGUCCAGCCGUUCUACAGCUCCCUGAAGACCUUUGUGGAGCUGAUGAACCAGCCAGAAAAUGUGGUCACCUACAGGAUGGAGCCAGGUGAACUUGUGACCUUCGAUAACUGGCGUCUGCUACACGGCCGUAAGAGCUACGUGUCCCACAGCAGCCUGAGACACCUGGAGGGUGCGUACUUGGAUUGGGAUGAAGUCAUGUCCCGCCUACGGAUCCUCCGCAAGGCUGUUCAUGGAGACAGCUAAACUCCUCUGAGGUGGAGAUAGUGGUUCAGUAGGUGUCUAAGCUUAAAGCUGAAACUUUGUGCUGCGCUGGGCUGGGCUAACCUUUCUUUAUGGCACUUUUAGUGACAACCCUUCACCUCAGAAAGCCUCUCAACUGAAAAAAAAAUGUCUGCUCAGCACAACAGUCUGUGAUUGUGGAGCGGCCUCGCAUGUACAUAUGGACAUUCACUGGUUUUCACCUUGAGAAGUCAAUAAGAUCUUGGCCUCUCCCACUGAUACUAGCAUUCAUACAGGACUUCAACAUAGCAAAUCUUCUAUGGUUUGUUUAGUUUCCGUCAGUCUUCUUUCUCUGUAGUUUUAUGUUCUCAGCCAGUAAAUCUUUUCUCUCAGAGCCAAAAGCACCAGCACACUCAGAAAUGGGUUUUGGGAAUUUGUGAACAUCGUGGGUGAUAUCUUAAUCAGAGUAAUAUCUUAAUCAGAAAAAUAAUUAGUAGACAGAAUUUUGACUCUUUAUUUGCAGUCCACUACCUAAGAUCCAGUAAAAUAUCCAAAUUCUGCAUAACAUUCUAUCAGGCUGCACAAAACCCUGAUACAGUGGCAUUUCCUCUUGGCUUUACGACUUUUUUGGGGUUGCACAGAAAGAAUCUGAAACUUUUUAUCAUCGAGAUAACAUUGUUAUCUUGGUAAAAACUCACUGGUCAGCAAUAUUUUCACUACAUUUCCAUUUUUAAUAACAAAAAGAAUAUAUAUGGCCUCUCUAUAACCUGUGGCAUUUUGGAGCUUAUCUACUAUACUGUAAAGAUCUUCUAUGCCUGUUUUUAUGCUGCAAGUUCUACCCUCGUGUUGCAUUAUAAUGGACUGUUCAAAGUUUAAAUACUUCAAACAUGAAUACAGUUUUAGUGCAUUUCUGUACAUUUCCAUCAGUCACCUAUUCCCAGUUCCCAGUUUGGUUUUAUUUUAUGUCUGUGGUCCACUCCCCAGCCUUGUUCUUAAUUUCGGAUGCUCUGAGCAGCAUCGCUGAAGUGCCAAGCUAUUAUUCAGUAGUACCAGGCAAUUAUGGCUUUAUAGUUUAGUAACAACAUGUCAGACAUUUUUGCAUCCUAGACUUUAUUUAUAGUCAUAAUGCUUUAUCUGGGUGUUGUAAAUUAUUAAUUUAAAUGAUGUCAUAGCUUUUAAAGAAAUGACAGUAUAGUCAGGGUUUUAUUUAGCAAAACAGCUGACUUUAAAUUUGUGGGCUUUAGCUUGCAAAGUAGGCUGUUUCUUACACAGCUUUGCCUGAAACUUUAUUCUAAAAAUGAAUUUAGUCUUAGCUUGAAAAUCUGCAAUUACAAUGCAUAAACAGUUCAUUGCUGUUAUCCUGAGAAAACCUUGUUAAUGUUUUGUGGGGGUUUUUACUUCUUUACAUAAAAUGCAGAUCAUGGUAACUUGGUGUUUUAACAACUGUGGAGUUGAAGCUGCUCUUGAUGUUUAGGUCAGAAGGGUAGUUUUCCUCUUUCUUCUCAGAGGUGUUUUAUGGUUUCAUUAGUAUGCCAAGUACUGUAUGUCACUAGCAAAAAUAAUGUGUUUACCUUGGGCACAAUCAAUGCAUAAUCACCUUGAUAUCCGUUUAACUUGGUGUCUUAACUUUUCUGUCCUUUUUUCUUUUUUUUGCAGUAGUUAAGCACAACAGAGUGAGUAAAGUGUCCUAUAAUGCUUAAGGAAAACAAAGGGACUUUCAACAGUGUACACAGAUUAGUGCUGGGUGAUGCAUGCAGGAUGUUUUCCAAAUAUAUCAGGGAAUCAGGGUAUCUGGUGAUAUUUGACGUCUGCAUUGAUAUAGUUAAUGAACCCAGGCCUCCUGAGUACUGGCAUGCAUUACAAACUUGGCAUAGCUUGUUUUGAUUAUUAUAUCUUGUAAAAUUAUACCAAAGGGAACCCUACACAAUAUUGUGGACAUAAUACAGAAAAUCAUCUUCUAAAAAUGAAGCUUACUGUUUAUUUAGUUUUUUUUUGUUACCUCUCAAUACCGCCAAGACUGAAAAUCAGUUUCUGAAACCGGUACAGACAGCAUAUCCCCCAGCACUAACACAGAUUUACUACUGUUCAGGGUGAAAUCUGCAAGGCUCAGUGCUUUCAGUAACACUGUAUUUACACUUUAUUGAAAUAAAUCUUUUCAAAACAAAGUGGGUGUAUGUGUGUAAUUUAGGGUUGCAGUCAUUGCAGUGUGAGUAGAAAUUAUGGCAAUACUGAGUUAAUAAAGGAAUGGUCUGCUAAAACUCAGCACUUUACACUUCAGAACAGUUGGUGAAUGAAGCCCAUUGACUGUAACAUUGAGUGUAACAUUAAAAAGAGUACAUAAUUA